AAUUGAUUAUUUGUAGUAAACUUUGAUGGAUAUUUAUAACAAUUAUAUACAAGAAUGGUACAAAGUGUAAACAUUAAUACAUAAAUAAAUACUAUAAUUUAAAUCAUGUUUUCUACACUUAAAUAUGUAAUUACAUCAUGAAAUAAUAAGUGGUGAAACAAUUAUUGGUGCUUGAUCAAGAUUGUGAUCCUAACAGUGGUUUAUUGAUUCUAUUAUAUUUAUUAUAACAAUUUCAUUGAUAGGACCACAAUCAAUAAACAAAAUGUUUAAACAUCAUGAAUAAAAUGGUCAUUUUCCAGAGAGACGUGGUUUAUGAUCAUGAAAGCAUUAUAGAAAUGUUAAGCGAAAAAUAUUGAAAUCUGAGAUGAAAUGCGGCCAUCUCCUAAUUUCUCUAUUUAAUCCUUGGCUUUCUCUUAUUCUUGCGAAUAAAAUGUCUGUUAUGUCUUAUUACCUACUAUGAUCGCGUACAAUGAACAAUUUUACGAGUCUUCAUUUAUAUAGAUCUAAAAAUAAUUUUGGUAGAUUCAUCUUAUUUCAUAAAAUAUUUCAUAAAUUAUUUCAUAAAAUUCUUUUACCGUUUUGUUGAGCAAAGCGGGAUUCUUAAUAAUCAUUAAUUUUGAAAUUGUAUAUAACAAUUAAAACGAGUGUAUUUUUUUGAAAUGAAAUUUGAUUAGAAAUUUUAAGGAUUUAUGUGUAUUAAGUGUCUCCAACUGAAAAAUCAGUUUUUUUAUGAUCAUAACAUUCACGCAAAUGAAAAAAAAUAUUUAGGAAUUUCUAUUGCUUUAUUAAAUCAAUAUUAUUACACUGGUUUACAAGAUUAAUUACAGAUAAGUGAUAACAAAUGCAAAAGAUUUGACAAUUGGUUGGGGACUCUUUAAAAGUAUUCGGAUAUUCUACCAGUUUCCGUUUUUCAAAUUUGUAAAAUUAAAAAAAGGUAAUGUGAUAUAUUCAUAUUAUUGCCCCAAUUUGCUUUUCUAUGGGGCCUAGAAGCAUUCUGGGGUUAUAUUCGUGUUUUACAAGAUAUUGAGAAGUAGAGGACAUUCAAAUUUUCAUACAUCCAUUAUCUAAAACGAAAAUAAAUCUGGAUGUAUUGGAAAUUACAAAUAAAAUGGUAAUAAUUCAAAAUUUGCCUCGUUGAGUCAUAAUUAUUAAAAAAAAUAUAUUUAACUUGGUCAUAACGAAAAAACAACAUUAAGAAACAACGUUGUCAAAUUUUGUCUUAUUGCCAAAAGUUUAUAACGAUAAACUAUUAAGUUGAUACAAAAAAUAUCCAAUAAUGAAUAAAGAUAAUGUCGAAUAAUAAAUGUUCUAUCUAUAUAAGAACAAAGAAAAUAUAAUAUUAUAUUUCUUGCAUAAAGACUUAUCUUAUAUUCAUUAUUCUCAUCGUAUCAUUUUAUAGGGGUUUCUUAAAUAUUAAUGAAUCUUAAAAAAAACAUACACAAGUAAUGUUUCAAUACGAUUAAUUUUCCACAAUAUGUAAUAUGCUCCUCCGUAUCACGGAGAUAGAAGAAAAGGAUUGCUUCUAUCAUUUAUAAUACUUUUUUCUUUCAGAUAACCUUUCGUAACGCGAAACCUUCCGAAUAAUUUAUAGGUCACUCGAGGACGAGUUAAUGAAUGUUCCUUUUUCUGAGAUAUCGCUUCAUAGGUGGGCCUUCCUUCUUCACGUGGGAUUCAGUGUUCCAAAUAAAAGAACAAGGAAAACGAGUCAUGAUAAGACUCUUUCACAUAAUUAUUUCGGUAAAAAAAAAAAAGAAAGAAACAUGAAUCCUACGAAAGUGUACCCCUGUUGCAGGACCUAUUUUAUCCGCGUAAACUGUAAUACAAUAGUUAUAGUGGUAACAAUAAGUAAAUAAAGUAUUAAUUAUUAAGAUAUAUAAAAUGGAAAUAUCUCGACGAAAUACAAAAAAUAAAUGUGAUUCUAAGAGAUAACGCGGAUGCAUUAGAAUAAAAGAUCAUUCUAAAUACUUAUUUUGCAAGUAACGCUUUUCUUUAAAAUCUGUAAUUAUCGGACAGUUAUACUAUUGGUACAUGAAAAUUAAUAUAUCUGAUUAUUAUUAAAUCAUAAAUAUAUAUUUUGUGUUUCAUUUAUCGAUACAUAAAUGCACAAAAAUUUCAAUAUUUUUAAUAUUUUCAGUACAUAAAACAAUUUGCCGUUUAUAUUCGAAUAAUUAAAAAAUUUAAGUUUGUUUGAAUCGUGUACCGAUAGUUAAAGAAAUAAUUUCCAAACUAGUAAAAAAUGCGUAUAGCUCAUUCAAAAAUUUCUAUAAAAAAUAAUUGAAACAAUAUAUUAAUUUACCUUAUGAUAUUGUAUAUGUUUAUGUUAAAGAAGUAAUUAGAACAUGCUUUUCUAAUAAUGGAAGAAGAAAUCAUAAUCAUACGAUUAUUGUUUUUAAUGUUGUGGUAUAGAAAUGAAAGUUGUGCUUAAUAAUAAAUUAGUCACUUUGUUUCUCUUCAUUCCUCAAGAGAAUAUAGUCAUAAAAUAUAAUUUUGAGUAAUAUUAAUCAAAAAAAAAGUGCGAUCGGAUGAAAAAAAUUAAGUAAUACAGUAAAAUUAUGACAGUACAGAUUUUACACUGAUAAAGUUUUUUAUGGCGAAAAAUGGUUAUAUCUGUUUUAAAAAAAUGAUUGUUUAAUACAUAGAUAUUUACUGCUUAUUUAAACUUUAUCGGUUUGUAUUUGACAUCAAUAAACGAUUGUAAAAAUGUUAAAAUGUAUUAUAUUCAGUUUUUUAAAUAAUCGCAAAUUAUAUUUUAAAUUCUUAAUAUCUCGAAUGACUAAAAUCGAUACAUUCGAGAUAAUCGAUUGAUUUCCGAUGUCGCUGUAAAUCUAACAGCAACAUUGAUCAAACACAAAUGUUAUAGGUUAUGUUUAUCGCUAAAGUUAUUUAGCAAAUAAAAUUUCUCAAAAAACAUGUCGAUAUAAACUACAGAUGCUUUUUUGUUAACUGAAUGAUGUUGAGUGUUAUGUGAGAUUUAUUACUUCAAAAAUAAAAUCAUUUAAAUCAUGUAACUUCUUAGUGAAAUUCACAUCAUAAAAUGAAAGGUUAAGUUGUAGAUAAAACGAAAGCAUAAAAUUCUUUGAAUUCUCUAAACGCAUGUUUUUUAUAAAGAAAAAUAACUGAAAAAAUUUUUGUAAAAACUGACGAAGAAAUAAGCAAGUGAACAUGUUUAAAAACACUUUUCAAAGUGGAUUUUUGUCAAUUUUGUAUAGUAUUGGUAGCAAGCCAUUACAAAUUUGGGAUAAAAAAGUAAGAAACGGGCACAUAAAACGAAUUACGGAUAAUGAUAUACAAAGUUUAGUACUGGAAAUAUUGGGUAGUAACGUCAGUACUACAUAUAUAACAUGUCCAGCAGAUCCCAGAAAAACAUUAGGUAUAAAAUUACCAUUUCUAGUGAUGAUAAUUAAGAAUUUAAAAAAAUAUUUUACAUUUGAAGUUCAGGUAAUUGAUGACAAAAAUGUACGCCGUAGAUUUCGUGCUAGUAAUUAUCAAUCUACAACUAGAGUAAAGCCAUUUAUUUGUACAAUGCCAAUGAGAUUAGAUGAUGGAUGGAAUCAGAUUCAAUUUAAUUUAGCUGAUUUUACUAGACGUGCAUAUGGAACAAAUUAUGUGGAAACAUUAAGGGUUCAAAUCCAUGCAAACUGUAGAAUACGAAGAGUAUACUUUUCUGAUAGACUAUAUUCAGAAGAUGAAUUGCCAGCAGAAUUUAAAUUAUUUUUGCCAAUUCAGAAUAAGGCAAAAUGUUAAUGUUAGUUCUAAUUUUUUAACACUUUACAGAAAAAUGUUUAAGAAAAGACAAGAAUAAACUAUAAAUAUUUAUAAAUUAA